AUGUCCAACAUCCCAGUAGCUGUGGUGACUGGAUCCAGCAAAGGCACUGGAUUUGCCAUUGUGCAGGGUUUGUGCAAGCAGUUCUCUGGGGAUGUAUACCUGACAUCCCGGGACACCAAACAAGGCAAGACUGCAGUAGCAAAGCUGCAGGAGGAAAAGUUGAAGCCACUUUUCCAUCAGCUGGACAUCAGUGACCUGCAAAGUAUCCAAAACCUCCGUGAUUUCCUGAAGGAGAAAUAUGGAGGAUUAAAUGUGCUGGUCAACAAUGCAGGAAUAAUUACCAAAGGAAAAGAACCCCAUGAUCCAACUUCAAUGGGUAUACAAGCAGAAGUGACACUCCGAACAAAUUUUUUUGCAACCAGAGAUGUUUGCACAGAAAUGCUACCCUUGUUGAAGCCUAAUGUGAUUUAA